UAAACCGAAGGAGAUCAUUUCAAAUUUAUAACAGUUUUAUGGAUUAGAUAUCGAUUAUUCUACUGCCUAUUUUGGCAAACAGAUGGCAGUUUUUGAGUUAAAUGGUGAUGAUGUUGAUGCUUACAAGUUCUUGCCUUGGUAUGUUGAAUCUGCUCGUUCAAGCAAUCCUGGAUCUGUUUUUGAGCUUGAAGUUGUACCGGAGAGCAAUAGAUUUCUUCGUUUGUUUAUUGCUUAUGAUGCAUGGAUAAAAGGUUUCAUGUUUUGUCGCCCGAUGUUAUUCAUUGAUGGUACUUUUAUCAAGAACAAAUACAAGGGAACACUUCUGUCUUGCUGUGCAAAAAAUGGUAACGAUGAGAUUUUUGAGGUUGCUUAUGCUAUUGUUGAUUCAGAAACGAUAGCAAAUUGGAGAUGGUUCUUGGCAAUAUUAUCUGGUAUAUUGAGGCCUCAAGGGAGGGUGAUCACAUUUAUGUCGGAUAGACAUGAUGGUAUUUUGAAGAACAUUCAAGAAUUCUUUCUCGAGUGUCCACAUUCAUUUUGUAUUGUUCAUUUGAAACAGAAUGUGAGUACUUUAUUUCCAAAGGCUGCUGGUGAAAGACUAAAGAAGAAAAUGAUGAAUCUGUUGGCAAAUUGUGCGUACGCAUGUACCCCAUCUGAUUUUGAUGAUUGCAUGGCUGAAUUCAAGGAUAAUGGGCAAGGGCAUGUGAAGAAUUUUUUGUGUGAUUUGCCAAAAGAGAAUUAUGCUAUUGCCUAUUUUCCUGGUAAGAGAUGGGGAUCGAUAAGCAAUGCACUUUCAGAAUCUUUUAACGCCAUGGUGUCGAAUAGUCGUUGUAUGCCACUUAUGGAUCUUCUUGAAGACAUUAGAGUUCUGUUGAUGGGUAGUAUGGCUGAGAAAAAAAUAUUUGGUCAGAAUAUUCAUACGAUUUUGUGUCCAAAGAAAGAAAAUGAGAUGAAGUUGAUGUUGAAGGAGGGCAUGCAUUGGAGGAUUAGUCGUUCUGAUGCGGAUGUUUUUGAAGUUAGGACAGAGUGGAAUCAGUUUGUUGUUUGUCUGGAUGAUAGGAAAUGUUCUUGUGUGCAAUGGCAGCAUAAUUGUUUCCCAUGUUCUCAUGCUUUGCAGGUGUUGCAACAUGAUAAUCGUGAUGUUUUUUAUUACGUUGAUGAUUACUGGAAAGCAAGCUUUUAUCGGAAAACAUAUCAAUUUGUCAUGCAUCCAUUUUCAGAUUUGGAAAAGCCGAAUGUUGAUACUAUCAUAAAUGGUGUGAGGCCUCCAAUUACAAAGAUUCCGUCUGGAAGACCAAAGAAAACUAGGAUCAAAUCUGCUGGGAAAAUCAGUGGGAGUAAGAAGACUGUCACUUGUAGUAGGUGUGGUUGUUCGGGACAUAACAAGGUUUCAUGUAAAGUUGUUAUACAAGAGGGUUGA